UGUUUGUGUUAUAUUGUUCAGUGUUCACUUUUCCAGCCAGAAGAUGAAUUGAACCGAAUGGUGGCCACAGCUCUCAUGGAAGUGCUUUCAAGAUUGUCCUUUUCUGGCAUCUGGUGGUUUGAAUUAGAAUCGCCAUACAGGUAUUCUCGUUUGCAGCAGGUCUUAUCUUGAGCCUGUGCCUCCCCUGCUAAUUCUCUACUGUUUAGUUCUAAUGUUGAAAUGUUUGCACUGACCUACCCUAAAGUGCUCACAGUCAGACAUGCCUGGACCAACUGACUGAUCAAGUUAUCAAUCAAUUGAUCAUGCAAAACAGUUUCUACUACUGGAAAGGCUGAUGACUAUCCCGGCUCCAUUUCCUGGCUAGCAUGGCAGGGGGCGGAGAGUGAUGAGAGUGGAAUUCAUCCCUGGAGCCUCUGGGGUGGACCUGUCUAUAUAUACAACUCAGAGCCUCUCUUGGCUCUUGCCUUGCUCAGCGCCUUUCCAGGACCCUCAGCUGCUCGUCUUGUUCAACCCAAAACCAUGGCCCAUCAGCAACACAUGAGCCUUCCAGCCAAACUGAUUAAUGGAGGGGUUGCAGGCAUGGUUGGAGUCACCUGUGUAUUCCCAAUUGACCUGGCCAAGACACGUUUGCAAAACCAACGAAGCGGACAGCAACUAUACAAAAAUAUGAUGGACUGUCUUAUAAAGACAGUAAAAUCUGAGGGUUACUUUGGCAUGUAUAGAGGCGCUGCUGUCAAUCUCACCCUAGUGACUCCAGAGAAGGCCAUUAAACUAGCUGCAAAUGACUUCUUUCGCCACCAGCUAAGCAAAGAGGGUUGUAAGCUGACGGUUUUCAAGGAGAUGUUGGCUGGGUGCUGUGCGGGAAUGUGCCAGGUUGUUGUCACCACACCUAUGGAGAUGCUCAAGAUCCAGCUUCAGGAUGCCGGCAGGCUUGCCGCGCAGCAGAGGGUGAUGCCUAGUGUGGUAACAAGUUUAAAGAUGGGUGGAACCAGUGCUGUCCUCAGUCGUUCUUAUAACGCCAGUGCUGCGCCUCAGGCUAGGACAGUUUCAGCCACACAGAUAACGAAAGACCUGCUGAAGACCAAAGGUGUAACAGGGUUGUACAGAGGACUUGGGGCCACAUUAAUGAGGGACAUUCCCUUCUCAGUUAUCUACUUCCCUCUUUUUGCUCACUUGCACCAGCUUGGACAGCAUUCAACAGAAAACCCAACAGUGCCCUUUUAUUGGUCCUUUGUCUCUGGAUGCACGGCUGGAUCUGUUGCAGCAGUUGCUGUCAGCCCUUGUGACGUGGUCAAAACAAGACUACAAUCCCUGAAAAACGGAACUAACGAGGAAACAUACAAUGGGGUGGUAGAUUGCAUCAGGAAGAUCAUGAGAAAAGAGGGUCCCUCUGCUUUUCUAAAGGGGGCCAGUUGUCGAGCCCUUGUCAUCGCGCCCCUUUUUGGCAUUGCGCAGGUCGUGUAUUUUGUAGGUGUUGGAGAGAUUUUGCUCGGUUACACACCUCAUAGCAUCUAUUCAGCAUAGACAAGCUAUAUACUGGACCCUCUGACAUCCCAUAAAUGAAGGGGAACAAAAGUCAUGUGUCCUCCAUUUUAUUAUUCCAUUGCCCAACUCUAAAAUUAGGUCCAGUAUUUGAACAAAGAUUCAGAGGCUGUGCCGAAUCCAAGCCACUUGCUCACUGACCCACUUUCGAUAUGACAACUGUAAUUUUGACAUUGUGCACAACAAUGAUCGAAUGCUCUUUAAUUGUCACCGCCCCACUACGAUGCACUCACACAGUGAUGAAAUUAAGAAUGAUACCACUGUAAAUAUGUUUCAUAUUUUAGUAAAAUUGUAAUGUCGAUGUAAUAAUAAAUUCUGGUUCGCUGUUUAA